UACGUUCUUCUUGUUAUCAGUUUUAAGAGUUCUUUACUUAACAGUUAUCGACGUUUCAAAGCUAUGUAAUUUGAUACAAAGUUGUCGCGUCGGGUUCAACGAAGAGUAAAGAAAUCUAAUCAUUUUUUUGCGAUACAUUUCUUUUAUAAUUCGUUUAAAUGGCCGAUCCAACUAUACAAACGUUUUGUUGUCAUCACGUAAAUGGAAGCGAUAUGGCCUUAUUGGUCAUGAAAAGUUUAAACACGACGGCUUAUAAUGCCAUAACUAUUUUAUCAUCAACUUUGGGGGUUUUAGGAGCUUUGUAUCAGAUUCUUCCAAGGGAACAGUACGUUUAUAAUCAUAAAUGGAUAUCAAUAACCGCAAUAAGAGGAAGAAAGAUUAUAGUGUGGUUAGCUUUUUCAGAUUUACUAGCCUCACUUGGUGUUUUAGUUCGUGCAAGUCAUUGGAUUACUUAUCGAAGCAUUAUGCCUUGUUUAAAUGAUAAAACAAGCGUUUUAUUUUGUGCUAUUUGUUCCGCGGUUGCUCAAUAUUUUUAUACGUCAACUUGGGUAUGGACUAUUUGUUACACAAUAGAUAUGAAGUUGUUGUUACUUGAGAAGAAAUCACCAAGAAUUUAUUAUCAUUUAGCAGCGUGGAUUAUUCCGAUUUUUCUAACCACAAUCGGAUUAGGGUUACUUUAUAUUCCUAAUGGAGAGUGCCAUACAAGAGAAAAUGUUUCAUUUAAGAUCCUACCAAAUUUUUUAGUAACUUAUGUUCCAAUCACAAUUGUGAUGAUUGUAAAUCCUAUUUUAUAUUCUUUAUCUACCAAAGAUAUGGAAACGGUUAUAGCAACCAUCUCUGGUCAAUUCACAAGCAAAGAAAGAGAAGUUAUGGAUGCAAUCAAAAGAAAAUUUUUUUAUAUAAACUUAGCAUUUGUGUUGUGUUGGGCACCAAAUUUAAUUAAUGGAGUGUUUAUUUGGUCAUCAUGGUUUCAUAUUCCAUCAAAAAUCAUCAUUAUUUUGUGGUACUUAAUGGCUGUGAUGAAUCCUUUACAAGCUUUAUUUAAUUGUAUCGUAUAUAGAAGAUGGACAAAAGGUGCUGAGAAAAUUGUAAAGCCAUGGAAUUGCUUCAAACAGUUGUCUUUUAGUCGUGUUCAUUUAAUUAAAUCUCAUUCUUCUUCUAGUUUGACAACGGAAGAAACUUUACCUUUAUUAGAGAAUCUACCUAGAACAAGAGUUAGUUAUUACUCUAAUUAAUUUUUAUUUUAAUGAGAUUAUUUAUUUUUUUAAU